AUGAAAUACAGGCGAACCGCUGCCUUGAAAACGCCCCUCUCUGGUUUUCCAAUUUCCCACUUACAGAUGUUCAACCCCCGUUCUCUUCAGCUGCUCAUGGCCACUGACGCUCAGCCUAAGCACGAUGCUCGUUUCUACAGCACCUGCUUUAUGGGAGGCGUUCUCUCUUGCGGAACCACUCACACCGCUAUUUGCCCUCUCGAUUUGGUCAAGUGCCGUCGCCAGACGAACCCUACUCUGUACAAGAACCUUAUGGAUGGUCUGAAGCAGAUUUCGAAGGAGGGUUGGAAUCGUAACGGUCUGUACCGCGGAUGGCAGCCUACCUUCUAUGGUUAUGCCAUGCAGGGAUUCUUCAAGUUCGGAGGUUACGAGCUGUUCAAGGAUUUCUACAUCAACCUGAUGGGAGAGGAGAGAGCCAAGAACUACAAGAACACGAUCUACCUGGCCGCCUCUGCGUCGGCUGAGUUCUUCGCCGAUAUCUUCCUGUGCCCGAUGGAGGCGACCAAGGUGCGCAUCCAGACGAGCCCUGCUGAGAUGAACUUCCCCAACAAGCUGAUGCCCGCCGUGCGCGAGAUCACGGGUCCCGAGGGCGUGAAGGCUCUGUGGAAGGGUCUGGUGCCUCUGUGGUGCCGUCAGAUCCCGUACACGAUGGUGAAGUUCGCCACGUUCGAGAACAUCGUGGGUCUGUUCUAUCGCUUCCUGCUGACGAAGCCUCGUGACUCGUACAGCAAGGCGACGCAGCUGACGGUGACGUUCGCUUCGGGUUACAUUGCUGGUGUGUUCUGCGCGCUGGUGUCGCAUCCGUUCGACUCGUGCGUGUCGAAGAUGAACAACUCCGCGGAGAAGAUCUCGAUGCUGCAGGCGAUGAAGAUUCUGGGCUGGAAGGGAUGCUGGAACGGUCUGGGAACUCGUAUUCUGAUGAUUGGUACGCUGACGGGUCUGCAGUGGUGGAUCUACGAUACUUGGAAGACUGCGUGCGGCUAUCCUUCUUCCGGAGGUCAUUAAACACUGAUUGGUGUUGUGACAAUAUUUAUUUAUUUAUUUGGGUGUUCGUUCC